AUGUCGCUCCCGGAGGGCGUGUCCGUGGACACCUCGCGCGGCGUCCCCGUGCUGCACAUCGCGUUCGACGGCGACGACGCGCGUCGUCGCGCCGCGGACGCGCCCGGCCCGACCGCGCGGCUGCGGCACCCGACCACGGGCGCGGACGUCCACGUCAUCGGCACCGCGCACGUCAGCGGCGCGUCCGCGGACCACGUCCGCGCGGCGAUACUCGCGGAGCGCCCGGACACGGUCGUCAUCGAGCUCUGCCCGGGGCGGCUCGCGUCGCUCGUCGAGCGCGCGCUGUCGACGCGCUCGCGAACCGCGCACCACAAGGUGGGGACGUUCGGAGACGCGCUGCGCGUCGUCGUCAGCGGCGGGUUCGUACCCACGGCGCUGAGCGUCGCGUACGCGUGCGUCGGCGCGGUCAUGGGGGGCGUCCCGGGCGCGGAGUUUUUGGCUGCGGUGGACGCGGCGAAGGACGUCGGCGCUCAGGUCGUCCUCGGCGACGUCGACGAGCGGCUGAUCUUCGCGCGCAUCUUGAGCCGGAUGACGUACGGCGACGACGCGUGGAAGCGGUGGAAGCUCGACAGGGAGGCGGCGGCGGCGGCGGCGUCGUCGUCGUCGAGCGGCGGCGGCGGGAAGGAGGAGGAGGACGCGGAGCGACGCCGCGUCGACGCCGCGACGGCGGCGGUUCUGGACGACGACGCGGCGGUGCUCGUGAAGGGCAAACGGACGGAGGUGCCGAGGCGAUGGCGCGAGGGCGUCGUGCGCGCGAUCGUCGCGGCGAAGUGCGAGAACCCCGGCGACGUCGAACGCGCGUUGUACGGCGUCCUCGACCCGAGCGGAGAGGUGGACCCCGCCGACGUGGCGACGUUGAGGAAGUGCGGGACGCGCGCGAUGGACUUUGUCAUGGCGGAGAUCGCCACCUCCGGCGACCUGACGAAGCUGAUGAAGGGCGACGCGGCGAAGAAGGGCGAGCAGAAGUGGGCGUGGGCGACGAUGGAGACGCUGUCGACGGACCGCGACCUGGUCUUGGCGCACUCGCUGCAGCGGUCGCGACGCGCGAAGAGAAUCGUCGGCGUCGUCGGCGCCGCGCACGUCCGAGGGAUCGAGCGCCUGUGGGAGGACGUCCCGACCGCGGCGUCGCAGCGCGCGUACGACGGCGCGCUGUCGCCGACGCCGUUUGGGCGCGACGCGCGCGGCGGGAGCGCGUGGGACAGGACCCGCGAGAUGAUUUUUUCGAGGGAGUUUGCGUACAUUUGCGGCGCGGCGGUUUCGCUCGGCGUCGCGCGCGGCGCGUAUUCGGUGGUCGAGAACGCCAGGGCGAACGUCCGGCGCCUGCGCGCGAGCGGAAUGUCCGACGAGGAGAUCAUGAGGUCGCCCAAAACCAAACUGUUGGAGGCGCCCCCGCGCGCGGCGGCGUCCGUGGGACGGGCGCUGCGGUCCGCGGCGAGGACGACGGCGAUCGUCGUCGCCGUCCCCGCCGUCGUCGCCGCCGCCGCCGCGUGCGUCGGCGCGAGCGCGCUCGUCUCUCUCGGGAACCUCGCGACGCGGCUCGAGGCCGCGGCGUCGAGAGCGGAGGAGGCCGGUAUCGUCGCGCGACGGCGGCCGGAGCUCAGGUCGAAGAGGUGGGGGAACGAGGUGGACGAGCGCGGGAACCGUCUGGUGCAAGUCGAGGCGAUCAACGCGGUGAGCAAAUACGACAAGGGGGUCGACGGCGGCGGACGCGGCGGCCGCGGACGCGGCGGCGAGAUGUUGUAUCGAUAG